CGGGCGGCGGUGGGGGACGGGUAAGAGGAAAGCUUGUCAUGGCGGGAGGCCUGUGGGGCCCAGGCAGGGGCAGGCGGGCACCCACGCGUGAGUGGGGCAGGAGGCGGUCAGCGGCAGGAGCCUGUCACGGAACAGCUCGAGCCUUGUCUCUCCUCAGGAGUUUUACCUCUCAAAGGCCUGUUUUGGUGCCAAAGGCAGCCGGCCGUGGCGGCAGUCGACCGGGCCUCCUCGCGCUGUCAGAUCUUGGCCCCGAAGCGUUUGGAAGGGGAUGAGGAGGAAGAAGCGCGCUGGCCGCGCAGUCUGCCGCGUUCCGCAGGGAUGGUGGUGUCAGGGGGGAUCUCGCCUCGGGAAGUGCUGUCCUUCCACGUAGGCUUGCCCCACGCGGGGAAUAGCAGGCAACCCCCAUGCCCGUGCAUUCUGUUAGCCUAGAACUUCGGGUAUUAUAGCUGAGGCCGUAGGUAAUUAACCAAAAGCAGCUCUGAACCCUCCGAACUGGAGUCUUGAAGCAGCUCACAUCUUCAGAAUAAAAUUGCAUUGUAGCAUUCCUUUCCUUUUUUCUGACCUAUAUCUUACAAACGCUUGUGUACCCGUGCUUGAUUUAAAACGUGGCUAAUACGGUUGGAAGCAGAAGUCUCAUUUGCAUGAGUAAAGUGGGAUGGGAUGCAUAAACCUGCAGAGUUGUGGUCAUAGGUUAGUAUGUUAUUAAGUUACUGAGAGCUGUCUUAAUUUGUCCCUAAUAAAGCGCUAAAUUUUAUAGGCAGAACUGUAAUACAAUAUUACAAAUAGUGGAGAGGGAAGCAGUUGUGCUGCGAGUCAUGGGUAUUUAAAAGUAGUUUUAUGAGCUGGUCUGUACGUUACACUUACCCAACUGUAAGCAUAAUCUACCGCACUUACAUUUGGGUAGUUGUAACUGUUUUGGCCUGUGUAGGAAAGCGGCAGUAACCUACAAAAUCAGAUUAUUAAACGUUGUUUGAUGUGCAUCCAGUAUCUCCACACGUGGUGUGUAUGUUGCGGGGUUGGCUGGUUGUUUUCUUUCUGUUUGGGGUGUGCAAAAAAAUUGUGAGCCUUUGGCAGACGUGGAAAGUGAAUUAGGUGAUUGCUGAUGCAGUUCAGGUUUCUAAAGCUCUAGUAAUAGUGUCACUGCUGCAGUCUUGUUUUAUUUAUGUAUAUGGUAGCUUUCUUAUUAUAGAUGCAGGUUUGUCUCAGAUUUAUAUUGGAGCAGAGUCUUGUUAUUUUGUACCACUGGAGAUCUGUGGAGCUAAAGGGAAAAAAAAAUAAAUUGAGGAGCGUGCUGAUUUUCUUAUUGUACCUGUUACAGAUGGACAGACUGAACGCGUAGCUUACAGGCUUUUAUACGAUGCCUUUUUUCCCAAACAAAUGCUUGUUUGGUGCUGAGGUUAAAAAAAAACCAUAAUCUCUCAGAAACCAUAUGUUCCCUUUUAUCACUAUGUGUUAAUCCCUGACAGUUUUAUAAUGUUUUAUACCAUAAAGAUUUCUACUAGUCACUUUGUGCUGGCUUGUACUCAGAGGGGAUUUUUUACUAAUUAUAAUUUCACAUCCAAGACUGGUUUCUGUUACUGUGUGAAAUGAGAGGAGUAUCAUUAAGUUUUCAUUUCUGAUCUUUCAAUUUAAUUAGUAUUAAUGUAGUAUUCUACUUACCUUGUAGGUAAGCUUACUUGAUUCAACAAUCUUAAUGUUUGGAGACUUCUUGAUACUUAGACUAUACUGCUGUACACUGUAGGAAGACUUUAGACCACAGAAAUUAUUUUUUUCCUUCUUAUGCUGCUUCUUUUUUUUUUCUCUUAUUUUUUUUUGCCUCCAGAUCUUUCAAGUAGCCAUUGCAGAACAGCUAACUCUUGAAUUUUUUUAUUAUUUUUUUAAUGAGGGGCUCGUUGAUACAGGAUUAUUCCCAUUUUCUUAUUGUUGCUCUUUCCUUUGUGGUACUUCUUGAACCAAUUUGAUUUCAUUGGUUUCUAAAAAUACAUCUGUGGGCUUUGCCAGGUCUCCCUGGAGAGAUUCUUAAUUUUGGAUGUUGAAUAAAGUAACUAGAGUGGAAGGACUAGGCAUUUGCAGCAAACAGUAUGAGAUAAUUCUUACAUUAAUUGCUGUUUCAUGAAGCAAAGGCACUAUUACUGGAGAAGCAAACUUGGUUUUAGUUCUUCUAUGUUCUCCCUUCUCCACUUGUGCUCACUUUUGCCACAGGAAGGGAAAGAAGGUGGAUACUGUGGGAAAAGUUGCUCAAACAGCUCAAGAAGUCUGGAGAAGUUCAGCCCUAAGGAUAAAUUUAAUCUCAGCUGAGGAGGAGCCAAUGUGACAGGUUGCAGUGUGUCAGCAGGAUCGUCCUUAAUGAGGCUCAUACUCAGUGGUCUUGGGGAAACUGAAGGGCACGGAGUUCCUGUCUUCCUCUUACCAGAUCUCUCACAUGUCGCCAGUGCCUGACUUAGCACUUGGACUAUGUUUGUGUUUCCUGAACCACUGUGUACAGUGAAGGGAUUCUUCUGCUGCUAUGAUAAAUUCUUCUAAUUAGUAUUAGUAUUAGAAAGGGCAUGAAGAACGACUUCUUUGUCUUGAUGGAUUUACAGAAGGUUGAGGAGUGGGAGACCACCAAAGGGGAAAGUUGAAUGAUGUUAGUUGGCCUAGGACGUGUAGCGGGGGUGAAGGAAGUACUUACAGGAAACCUGCUUUUUUGUUUGUCAUAAAUUAUUCUCUGCCCUGACACACAGGCAGCAACAUACUUCGCCAAAGCUACCUUAUUUUAUUAGCAGAACAGGCAGGUGUUGAAUCCUUAAAAAUACUGCUUUGCCACCGCUGUCUUUUAUUGAAGUGAAGAAAAGACUCGUGUUCAUGUGCCAAUGUGUUGCCAACCAGCUGGAUACCUGGCUUCCCAAAAGCUCAAAUGCAUGUUUUCUAAGUUUGACAAGUCAAGAUUAAAAUGAAAUCAUGAUAAAAAUCCGUGUGGCUUUCUAACUUGGAGUCUGAGACAAAGAUGAAUCUGCGUUCUGUAUUUACUGUAGAACAACAAAGGAUAUUACAGCGUUAUUAUGAAAAUGGAAUGACAAAUCAAAGUAAAAAUUGCUUUCAGCUCAUAUUACAGUGUGCACAAGAAACUAAACUGGACUUCAGUGUAGUCAGGACGUGGGUUGGCAAUAAACGAAGGAAGAUGAGCAGCAAGAGUGCUGUAGAAUCUGGAGGCACCCCCCCAGGGACUGUCCCUACUACUCCCUCAGUACCUCCAGAAGCAGCAGUUAGAAAUGUGGUAAAUAUUGCUCGAUCCCAAAGUCAGCAGUCUUCUUGGACCUCUUCUAAUAACGAUGUAAUAGUUACUGGUAUAUACAGUCCUGCUAGCUCAUCUGGUAGGCAAGGAUCCACCAAACAGACAAAUUCUUCAAUGGCAGAAAUACAUAAAACCUCUAUUCCACGACUACCAGGAAAAAGUGAUACCGAGUUUCAACAGCAGCACAUCCCCAUAGGACGACAAGUACCACAUUGUAAAAAUGCUUCCCUAUUAGUAGGGGAAAAGACUAUUAUUUUAUCUAGGCAAACAAGUGUACUGAAUUCUGCAAACUCCAUAUAUAGUCACACUAAAAAAAGCUACGGUGGUUCUUCAGUCCAGACUGCGGAGUUGGUGUUACCUCAGAAACCGAUGAUAUGCCACAGACCCUGUAAAGCUGAACCCGUGGGAUGUCAAAGGUUACAAAAACCGGAACACGCAGCUCUGGUAUCGCAUGUGCCCACUGGACAAAGGGCUAACACCAGGGACCCUUCUUGUAGCACACAAAACCUGGAAAUCCGUGAAGUGUUUUCUCUGGCGGUUACAGAUCAACCUCAAAGAAUUGUGGGAGGAGGUGCAACGCAGAAGCAUUGCUCGGGGGAAGGCAGCUGUCUGUCCAUCGCGAUGGAAACGGGAGACGUGGUUGAUGAAUACGCUAGGGAAGAAGAGCUAGCAUCCAUGGGAGCACAAAUACAAAGCUAUUCAAGAUACUGUGAAAGCAGCAGUUCUGUUCGAGUAGAGAACCAAAGCGCAGCCUUGUCUGGGCCAGGAAGAAAUGUGAGCUGUAGUUCACAGAUGGUGAAUGCCAGGGACGUGCCUGACAAUAUUCUGUAUCAUAACAGAGACUACCACUUGCCUGCACGGACCUCAUUACAUACAACAUCCAGUACGUUAUAUAACAGUGCUAAUCCAUCAAGAAGUACCUUUUCUCCUCAUUUUACAUCUUCAAGUCAACUGAGGCUGUCACAAAACCAAAAUAAUUACCAGAUUUCAGGAAACCUUACUGUGCCUUGGAUUACAGGUUGUUCCAGGAAAAGAGCAUUACAGGACCGCACACAAUUUAGUGACCGAGACUUAGCUACCCUAAAGAAAUACUGGGACAAUGGCAUGACCAGCCUGGGCUCAGUCUGCAGAGAGAAAAUUGAAGCUGUGGCUGCAGAAUUAAAUGUUGACUGUGAAAUAGUGCGGACUUGGAUUGGGAAUCGAAGACGGAAAUAUCGUUUAAUGGGGAUUGAGGUCCCACCCCCUAGAGGAGGUCCUGCUGAUUUCUCUGAUCAAUCUGAAUUUGUUUCUAAAUCAGCACUUAAUCCAGGAGAGGAAACUGCUACUGAAGUGGGGGAUGAUAAUGAUAGGAAUGAUGAAGUAUCAAUCUGCUUAUCUGAAGGAAGCUCACAAGAAGAGAGAAAUGAAGCUCUUCCAAAUGAAGAAAUUGGUCACAAAGACGAUGACCAGAAUCCAGUAUCUACUGAUAAUGUGAAAAUAGAAAUUAUAGAUGAUGAAGAAAGCGAUAUGAUAAGUAAUUCUGAAGUGGAUCAAAUGAGUUCUCUUUUGGAUUAUAAGAAUGAAGAAGUCAGAUUCAUUGAGAAUGAGUUGGAGAAUCACAAACAGAAGUAUUUUGAACUACAGACAUUUACUCGGAGUUUGAUACUUGCUAUUAAAUCAGAUGAUAAAGAACAGCAGCAGGCACUGCUCUCAGACUUACCUCCGGAACUAGAAGAAAUGGAUUUCAAUCAUGCAUCCCCAGAGCCUGAUGAUACCUCAUUCAGCUUGUCGUCUUUAUCAGAGAAAAAUGCCUCAGACAGUUUGUGAUUUAUUUUUUUUUUUAAUCUGAUGAAAAAGAAACCCCGCGUAACACGUAGGUUUCAAGAGAACGGCAUUUUGCUAUCCAGGGUUCUUCAGUCCAAAAAAGAAAGCCCAAGGUGAAGUAGCCCUUCCUGAAGGAUGACUGUAGUAUGUCAUGGCUACAGUUUGCAGUGUCAAGAUAUUUCAAAUGUUGUUUUUGGUAAAUGAAAGAACUGUGUGAGGAAAGGUUUUGCUUUUAGCAGUUUGGCCUUGAUUUAAGAUAACUUCUGACUUUCCAGAACAACUCUUGCUCUGUAGCAAAGUCCUUUUGAGCAGGGAUCCAAGGAUGGAAAACAAAUGUCCUGUUACACAGACAGCUAAUUCUUCAGAGUUGCUUGCUCACCAGUCCUGUUUAUUAUUUUUUUCCCUAUUUUUACUCAGGUAGGUGGACUAAAAAUUGGGGUUCCAAAUAGAGUGAUGGGCUUUUUAUGAGUUGUGCUUGAACCCUUUUGAAAAUCUGAAAUUAAACGAAAGUGUUUUUCAUUAUAUGACUUCA